AUGCAUGUGACCUCUUCAUUCUUCUUGGCCCUUUCGGUCCUCCUGCUGCUCCCAUCCACAGAGAUGAGAAGAGCAGGUAAGGGUAGAGGCCUCAGAGGAGCAAGACACGGCCUCACGCGAGACAGGGUAAGAGCUGGUGGACGCCACAGCAGAUCGGGCCCAUCCAGGCUUGUGGGAACCGACUGCUCAGAGUCUAUAGAAUCUGGAGAAGUCUUUGUGGACUGCCAGGACCGACGCCUCACCUCCAUCCCCAGCUCAAAGAUCUGGUCUAAAGAACCCAAGCACCUACUUCUAGCCCGCAACCGGAUCAAGAUCCUUCGUGAUGGGGUCUUCGCUGGGUUUGAGGGUUUGAAGAGUCUGGACCUGCAGCAGAACCAGAUCUCUGUGGUGGAGGAUGGUGCCUUUGAGGGCCUGACAAAACUUACAACCUUGCUGUUGCAGCACAACACACUGGGCACGCUCAGUGAGGAGGCACUCAUCCCCAUGCCGAACCUGCGCUACUUACGUCUCUACGACAAUCCCUGGAUUUGUCUCUGCCCAAUGGAUAGCCUCAUACGCACCCUGCAGGUCCCAAGUAACCGCAAUCUAGGAAAUCAUGCCAGGUGUGCAGAGCCUGUCAGGCUGAAAGACAGAAAGCUGAAGCAGGUUGACGCGGAGCUGCUCUGCCAGGAGUCAGACUCCACCAGCCCACAGGGAGACCAAACAGACCCCAUAGACACUCUCAAUCCUAGUCCAAUCCGUACCAAGCCCGAUGCCACUACUUCCUGCCACACCUACCUUUUCCCCCAGCCGCGUUUGGACUGCAGUAACAGAGGUCUAACCGAGGUGCCUGCAGGGAUCCCAGAAGACAUUGUUCAUAUGGAUCUGUCCCAUAAUUCCAUCAUUCACCUCAGAGCCAGAGACUUCCAAGGAGCCAGGAGCCUACGAACACUUAACCUCAGCAAUAACAACAUGGGGCACAUAGACACAGCUUCCCUGUCUGGCCUCCUGCACCUUCGUGAGCUGGACUUGUCUGACAACAGCCUGCACUUUGUCCAGUAUGGGGUUCUGGAGGACCUUUAUUUCCUGUCGAACCUCAAACUGGGAGGAAACCCCUGGGUGUGUGACUAUAGCAUCCACUACAUGGUGUACUGGCUGCGUCUGCACCCAGGGGUGAAGCACUCCGGCCUGCUGUGUCGCUCUCCUCCUGAAUAUACUGGAGAGAGUGUGGAGCAGUAUGUUCACUCCUACAACAGAGAGUGUCCUAAGGACAGACAGCGCAGCCAGACCGACCCCGAGCUCUGGAACACACCACUGGAACUGCAGGCAGAGUUGGAGGAGGAAGAGGUGGAGCCGAGCCACUUAAGAGCACCCCAGAAGUACCAGAUUAUCAGGCUGAGCUGAGUAUUCAACUUUGAGAAGGCUCCUCAUUUUCCCUCAACAUCAAAAAACAGUCUGUAUCAGA